GUGACGGCAUAAACCGGCGCGGUGUUUAGACUUUACUGAUGUCGUGGCGCUCUGAGGCAAAAAGUUGGUGCUCUGAGGAGCCCUGGGACUGAAGCCGAGGUCUGGUGACCCUGGCCCUUUCCUACUCACUCCUCCUUGCCCGCCUUUUUCUCUCCUGGCAGGAUGAGGCGUGCAGGCCUGGGUGAUGGAGCACCUCCUGGCAGCUAUGGCAACUAUGGCUAUGCCAAUAGUGGCUAUAAUGCUUGUGAAGAAGAGAAUGACAGACUCACUGAAAGUCUGAGAAGCAAAGUAACAGCUAUAAAAUCUCUUUCCAUUGAAAUAGGCCAUGAAGUUAAAAAUCAAAACAAACUAUUAGCUGAAAUGGAUUCACAAUUUGACUCUACAACUGGAUUUCUAGGUAAAACCAUGGGAAGACUGAAGAUUCUGUCCAGAGGGAGCCAAACGAAAUUGCUGUGCUAUCUGAUGCUGUUUUCAUUCUUUGUCUUUUCUGUCAUUUAUUGGAUUAUUAAACUGAGGUGAUGCAAGUUAGUUAACGUGGUCUUUAAAUUUGAUGCAUUAAUGUCUUGGGGUACCUAUUUGAUCCCCAGCAUCCCAACAUUCCUAAUGGGCAUCUCCAUUGAAGAUUAGUGGAGUUUUCCUCUUUCAAAAAUCAUACUAUAUCAUAUAAUGUUCUGAGUACUGUUCCUUAUUGACUCAUUAUGACCCCCAUUUUCAGGGGUAUUGAGUUAGCUUGGAGUCAGUGUGACUGUACCUAUCUAUGUUUUCCAGUCUGAAUAAAUAUGACUGCCAUACCCUGCUAUACAUUAGUGUAACUUUCUAAAGCGUGGGAGAGCAGAAGAAUGGCAGAGACGCUGGGGUCAGCCUUUGGGGGUGUUUGCAUGGUGAACGCUCGCUUCCGUUUGUCUGAUUUUACCCUUGCGAUGACGGGCUCUUUGCUUGGUACCAUGUAGGGCCAUUUGCUUCCCCCUACAGUUUUCUUAAUACAUUUGUCACAUGAAUUCUUUGUACAAGGACUUCCUUCAGUAAAGCUAUUGAUGCAUUUCUACUGGAGCCUAAUACAUAUGUGUAUCAACAUAGAUAUUAUUUUAUAUUAAUGAUAAAUUCUGCGGACUUACUUUGUAAUAGUUUUCUGAUUUCUAACUGCUUAGGUGGGCCAUUUCAUUAUUAUUUGUGUCAGAAUAAUGUGAAGUUAAGUGCUUGCUAACUUCUGACUGGAAAAUUAAUUGCCUUUGUUUUACUAUAUGCUCAAAAUAAGUGCUGAAAAUAUGUAGACUUUGAACCCAGAGUUCAGAGGAUUGUUACUCAGCUCCAUUUUAUUGGCUUACAGAAAUCAAAACAUAAGAUGGAUUUAAGUAAUAAAGAAAAAUACUAAAAUAUUAUAAAACAUUCUGUAUUGCUCUUAUUUUAGAAAUUUACCUAUUUCUAGGUUCAAAAAUAAACUUUUAUUGAAAUAUG